AUGCUCAAAUAUGCCGUGAUAUCGCUAAUUAGCAUUUCCAAUUCGUACGCUCUGGGUGGUCGAGUUUAUUCCAAGUAAGAGCUGUUGAUUUUUGUUACAAUGAGAAGAGAAAUGCGCGAAGGGAAAACUUGGUCGUUCGAUUUUGAAGAAACUUGCGGUUAACCUAGAUUAUGAUCGUGUUUGAGGUCUCUAACUUAAGCUAAGACCGGACAGUCCAAGACUUUAAGGACACAACUUCUCGUAACACGGAUAAGAUGGCAAAGAAAUGGCCAAAAAAGUCCAUUGGCCGGCUUUUCUCAAAUUACAUCCGUUCUCGCGGCAAGAUCCGUUAAAUGCCUCAGCAAUGCUUGAAGUGCGCAAGCUAAAGCUUUAAGAAAUUGACAUUCGUGUGUUACAAAUCAGGCUUACAGAGAAUAAAAGCGAGUUAGAAACCUAGCCCUUAGCCAAGUUCUCUUGCAAAAUGCUACAUUAGCGCCACCAUCUACUGCAACAAAUCCCUAAUUUUCAGAGAUGAUUGUAUCCGCGCCCACAUGAACGAUGGGCUGUCGCACGCCGAGGCCUCCGAGCAGUGUGAGUGGGUAGCGAAACUCGGGCAAAUUGUUGUAGCCGUCUGCUUUGUGGUCGUCUUCGCCGGCUACAUGCUUUAUCGGAUCAAGAAAUUGUGCGAGACGCACGGAGUGGUCUGCCGCGGCGGAGAGCUCCUCUUUGUGCGCAGGGAGCUUCUGGACGGCCGAAAUCGUGUUGCUGUGAUCGCUGCUCAAGAACCAUAG